AACAUGAGUUUCCCCUUCCCCUUUUUAAAAAAUGAUUUCAUAAUUGCUGCCUCACAAGAAACACUAAAAUUGGUCAGCCUGGGAUGUGUUUGAUGUCUUCCCAGAUAACGUCAUUGUCUAUUCUCAGGAGAGGAAAGGCAGGGUAUACCCUCCUGGGAGAAUGACAACACUUGUUUCAAGUUGGGGGAACAGCCUGCUGUUCUUUUCCUGCGUUUGGGUGAGAGCGAACACACAAUGUUCAUUUCCUAAAUACGGGAUGUGCUGUGCGCCUGGAAGGUCAUUUUCCACCAUGUCACAUCCUUCUGGAUGAAGGCAGCAGGGGCCAGGACAGGAAAGGGCAAAUUCUCAGAAUGAGGCCAGGCUUUCCCAGGGCAGUCAUUGGUUCCCUGGAACUAUAAAGCAUGCUCAUCCAGAAACGGCCUCAGCUUUUUCUUUCCUGGAGGUGGCCAGAGGUGAAUGGACAUGGAGGGGCCGGCGGCCUGGGAGCCGCAGGGCGCCGAGGCGCUGCGGCGUUUCCAGGGGCUGCUGAUGGACCGCCGCGGCUGCCUGCACGGCCAGCUGCUGCGCCUGCGCGAGGUGGCCCGGCGCCUCGAGCGCCUCCGCCGGCGCUCCCUGGCGGCCAACGUGGCGGGCAGCUCGCUGAGCGCCGCGGGCGCCGUCGCCGCCAUCGUGGGGCUCUCGCUCAGUCCGGUCACCCUGGGGGUUUCGCUGGUGGCGUCGGCCGUGGGGCUGGGGGUGGCCACCGCCGGCGGGGCCGUCACCAUCACGUCUGACCUCUCCCUGAUCUUCUGCAACUGGCGGGAGGUGCGGAGGGUGCAGGAGAUCGCGGCCACCUGCCAGGACCAGAUGCGCGAGAUCCUGAGCUGCCUCGAGUUCUUCUGCCGCUGGCAGGGCCGCGGGGACCGCCAGCUGCUGCAGAGCGGGAGGAACGCGUGCAUGGCCCUGUACAACUCCGUCUACUUCAUCGUUUUCUUCGGCUCACGAGGCUUCCUCAUCCCCAGGCGGGCCGAGGGGGCCACCAAGGUUAGCCAGGCCGUGCUGAAGGCCAAGAUUCAGAAACUGGCAGAGAGCCUGGAGUCCUGCACGGGGGCUCUGGACGAACUGGGUGAGCAGCUGGAGUCCAGGGUCCAGCUCUGCACGAAGUCCAGACGUGGCCACGACCUCAAGAUCUCUGCUGACCAGCCCUCAGCGCUGUUUUUCUGAGAACAUCCUUGCUCCUAAUGACCGAGGCCAGAAACCAUUCCUGUGGGAUGCUCCAGAUAUGCAGCUCCCUCAGGAAAACACUAAGCUGUGUUAGGAGCUGAGUGCAAAGGAUGAGAAAAACUGCUCUUGAAGUGGAGGGUUCUCACAGCCCUUCUUUUCCCGUCACUGUGACAUCCUGCUGAGGAUGAGUGCUAGAAACUGUUUACUUGCCUGAUCCUAGUAGAAUAUGUGACCUGAAAACCAUUUCUCCUUUACACAACUGUUCAGUCUUGCCGUCACUGGGCAUUCCUGUUUCAAUUGUUGGGUGGACCCUGUGCCUGCCCUGGAGGUUUGAGCUGAGGAUGGAGAGGGAGCAGACUUAGUCAAUCUCUGGGUCCUCUCCAAGCCUUACUGGGCUUGGAGGCCCUCAGAAAGCCUGUGGGAGGACACAUAAGCUUUAAAACCUGUCUUCCAGAGUUUCUGAGUACAAAAACCUCCAGGAUCCAGAGCAAAGUGACCCUCUCUGCACAGUGUAGGAGGGUUCAGGGCCCAAAGGAGGCCCCUCCCUCUGACAUGCCCUCCCCCACCCCUUCAGCUUAUCCAUUUACAGAUCCAGCCUGGGGUUGGAGUGGACCUUCCUGGGUGACCUCAUACCCAGACUCUGAGAGGGGGAAUCAACCAUUCAUCUAAGUGCUGAUUCUUGCAGGAAGAAGCUGAGGCCAAGGUAGAUGAGGUGACUACAGCUUCAUUUACUGAUGACAUAGUGUAGAGACCACAGCGAUGGCUUUGAGUUAGGCAGUCCUGGGUUUAUUACAGACUCUGUCACUACUGUGUGAUCUUUGCCAUUUAGACUCUCUGACUCUUGGCUUUCUGGUGGGUAAAAGAGAGAUGCUAAAACCUGAGUCUUAAGUGAGAUAAAGUGCCUAGAGCCUAGCACAAUGUCUGGCUCACAAAGAGCGGCCCCUGGACUGGCAGCAGCAGCAGCAGUAGGGAACUGGUUAGAAAGGCAGAUUCUUGGACCCAACCCCUCACUUAUGGAAUCAGAAACUCUGGAGGUGGAGCCCAGCAACCUGUAUUUAAACAAGCCCACAGGGGGAUGCUGAUGCCUGCUAAGAUUUGAAACAAAACCACUGCAACAGAUGUUAAUUUCUGAUCCCCUCAAUGACCUUUCACAGAGUCUUAUGGCCUCUCUAGGGGCUCCAUGGUCUUCAGAGUCAUUCACUGAAGGUCAAGGAUGGAGUGUGUCCCAGAAAUAAAAGAAUGUGUGGGCACUGGCCAAGGCACCUGGGGCAGCUUCCCACCAUGUUAACUAAGGGAUGUAACACAAGCCCUACAGAGGGCAGUGUUGUCCACGCGUUGUAGAAACUGGUACCCAAAGGAAUGUGAAUUUAUUGGAAAUUGACCUUUAUUGCCUUCUCUGAAAACUGCCAGACCAUGUAUUUUUUAAUUUAUUUUAAUUUUUUAUUUAAUUACUGUUUAUUAUUUGCUUCUAAUUUUAUUUAAUCAUCACACUUAGAAAAUAAUAGGAAUAGCAAGUGUCUGAAUGGGAGACUACUGAGGCUCUUUUCAGAAGAGGUUGAGUUUGGCUUUCUGAGGCUGGCCAUGAGCUCUCUGAGAAUAAGUCUCCCUCCUUCCCACAUGAGGGAAAUGUGAGAAGUUGUGAAUAGAAAGACGGGAGCUACGUUUAAGCUUAGGAAUGGAGGCUUGACUUGCAGGAUAUACAAGUGAUGCGGGCAUAUUUAACCUAAAGGUACUUUGCCAGCAGAUGACACUUGAUCUGAAAAGAGAACCUACUGAGCUCAGGGUUCCGAACUAUUUUUCAGGAAAAAAAAUGAAAGGCAUGUGAAGGAAGCAGUUAGACCUUGGAAGCCAGAUGUCCUGUGAAGUUAUGUCUUACAGGGGGAUAGACAAAAUAGCUUGUGUGAUGGUGGUGAUGUGUCCUAUUUUCAUGUAGGGAGCUGUGAGAAAUCUAUAAGCUCCUUCUAAGAAAAUGUACUUUCCUUAAUUUCCACUUCUACAACUUUAAUGUUGAAAAGCAUGUUGAAAAGUCGUUGGGACCAUACACACAAUACUUAGCUGUACUUCUUGAUUAUUUAAUAGGCUUUUAAUUUAUUCUGUUUUCUCCCAUGCUUCCCAAUGAUGGCAGUGUGUCUGAGGAAGUAUAACUUCAGUGCUGGGGGGAGGUGGUUAGUGGUUCUAUAUUUUAAUUUUUCCUAUAAAUUUCAACCGAUCUGUAUCCAGGUUUAUUUUCAGUUUGGUCCUGGUUUCUUUUUAAACUGGUGUCAUUUCCUAGACUAUCUUGCAUAGAUGCUAGCAUUUUAGGUCACCAGAAUGUACUUCGCAUUGCAAUUUGUGUUCUGUCUCAAAGGUACAACCACCCCCUAACUCCAUCUUC